AUGAUAACUCUAUUCGUCUUUGGAAUGUAAAAACAUCAAAGGAAAUACUCCAAUCAGAUAGCAGCUAUAAAGAUUUGCUUUCCUAGUUCAACAUACCUCUUCAGAAUAGCUCCUUAUUGCCAAAUGGUAUUUAUUAUUCAUUAUUAUUUAGUUAAUCCUGAUCAUACAAUACUUAGAAUAUGCUAGAAUCCUUUAUUCCAAGCAUCAGGAACUCUUAUCUUAUAAGGACAAUUCAUGA